AAGUAAACAGAAGCACGCGCCCGGCUGGUUGUUCCGCCUAUAGUUUAGGCAGGCAGUCACAACCAGAGUUUAUUGGCUAGCAAUGCAGAGUUGACUGUGUUUGGAAGCUGUUUGGUAUUUUUCAGAGCUCCACCAUGUCCGGGGCGCUAGCCAGGCUGCUCUUCUAUCCGACUUUAGCUUACAAUGUUGUCAUGGAGAAGAUGUCCUCCAGGAGGUGGUUCGACCGAGUGGACGAGACGGUCAUCCUGGGAGCGCUGCCAUUCAAGUCCAUGACCAAACAGCUGGUGGAAACUGAGAAUGUUCGGGGAGUUGUAACCAUGAAUGAAAUGUAUGAAACCAAAUACUUUUGCAACUCUUCUGAGGAGUGGCGUGCUGCAGGUGUGGAGCAGCUUAGGCUGAGCACUGUGGACCUGACUGGAGUCCCCACUCUGGAGAACCUUCACCGGGGAGUGGAGUUUGCUCUGCAGCAUAGACAGCGAGGAACAAGUGUAUAUGUCCACUGCAAGGCGGGCCGUUGUCGCAGCGCCACACUGGUAGCUGCUUACCUGAUACGGCUGCACUGCUGGACUCCAGAAGAGGCAUGUCAGCGGCUGUCGUCCAUCAGGCCGCAUAUCUUGGUACGCUCAGCUCAGCUGGAGAUGCUUAGGAAGUAUUACCAAAAUGUUUGUGAGCUUUCCACCUGAGAGACUGGGUCAGCAGUGGGUUACGCCUCAACAUUCAAGCUGAAAACUGGACUGGAUAAAAAUGUUGAUUAUACUUGUUUGGUUUUAUUUUGUUAUGUUUUUUUUGUGUGUUUUUAAUGGAAGUAGCUUUUUUAAUUGGCUUGAACAAUGAUGUUUGUGACUUCUUCUAUGAUUCACUACUUGGUGUAAAUAAAUGUUUAAACUAAAUCUUUAUUGAGUCCAAAAAGAAAAUAAACAAGUAACUUGCUGCAUCAGAUACUUUGUACUCUUUGGAAAUUGUUUUUGUUUUAUAUUUGUAUAAAACUUCAAAAAUAGGACAGAUUAAGAUUAUUUCUGUCUAUCUCUUUGCUGUCACCACUGAUGCUGAUUAGGGAUUUUUUCUUUGGAGAACUUAUUGUCAUAUUGAUGAUUGCUAACGUUGUGUCUACUUUGUAAGUCACUUUGGAUUAAAGCGUCUGCUAAAUGCCUAAACAUAGUAAAUAUUUGUAAUAAAAGUGCUGACUGAUUUUGAGCUUUGUU